GGUGCUGCAGCGGGGGUGGGUGCCCGAGGGAGGGGGCAGACCCUGACCCCUCUCCUCCCGAUCUCACCGACAGCAGCAGUUUCCAGCGAGCCAAGUUCUGGGUGAACGAGCUGCAGAACUGCGAGGAGGGCUGCCGGAUCUACCUGUGCGGCACCAAGAGCGACCUGCUGGAGGAGGACAGGAGGAAGAGGGGGGUUGACUUCCACGACGUGCAGGACUACGCUGACGAGAUCAAGGCAGAGCUCUUCGAGACCUCCAGCAAGACGGGCCAGAGCGUGGAUGAGCUGUUCCAGAAGGUGGCCGAAGACUACGUCCAAUUCACCGCCUUCCAGGUGAUGACAGAGGAGAAAGGUGUCGACCUGGGCCAGAGGAGCGGUGCCUACUUCUACAGCUGCUGCCACCACUGAGACCUCCUGCCAAAAGGGAACCGCUGCUGCCAGCCGGCACACACCAGACGACUCCCGUUUUUUUACCUGCUGUGUUUUAGCUGU